UUGUCGUAUGAAGUUGAACAUGGCAGAAGAAGAGGACUACAUGUCUGAUUCCUUUGUUAAUGUCCAGCAAGAUGUUAGGCCAGGCUUACCAAUGCUGAGGCAAGUACGAGAGGCUCGUCGAAAAGAAGAAAAACAACAAGAAGCUAAUUUGAAAAAUAGGCAGAAGAGUUUAAAACAGGAAGAACAAGAAAGACGUGACAUUGGGUUGAAGAAUGCACUCGGUUGUGAAAACAGAGGAUUUGCUUUGCUCCAAAAGAUGGGAUAUAGGAGCGGCCAGGCUCUUGGCAAGAGUGGAGAUGGUAUUGUUGAACCAAUUCCACUCACUGUCAAAACAGGCAAAGGUGGUAUUGGUCACGAGACAUCAUUAAAACGAAAAGCAGAAGAAAGAUUAGAAAGCUACAAAAGAAAAGUUCACAUGAAAAACCAAGCCCAAGAAAAUGCUGCAGAACAGUUUCGAAUGCGCCUUAAAAAUAAGCAAGAUGAAAUGAAGCUAGAAGGAGAUCUCAAAAGAAGCCAACGAGCCUGUCAGCAGUUAGAUAAUCAGAAGAAUAUUCAAAUUCCCAGAGAGUCAUGGUACUGGUUAAGGCCGGAAGAGGAGAGUGAAGAGGAAGAAGAAAAAGAAGAUGAAGAUGACUAUAAGAGUGAAGAUUUAAGUGUACUGGAAAAGUUACAAAUACUGACUGAUUAUUUAAGAGAAGAACAUUUGUAUUGCAUUUGGUGUGGGACCACCUAUGAAGAUAAAGAAGAUUUAUCUUCAAAUUGCCCAGGACCAUCGUCUGCAGAUCAUGACUAAAAAUAUUCUGAAAAAAGCAGAACCUAGGAAAAUGUUCAUGUUUCCU